GACAGCACAUGAAGGCAGCAGGAGUGGAGUCACGCGUUGUUUGCCUCAGAGUGCACUGCAAAUAUGGCGGAUGAUGGAGAGUCGCUGGAGUCGUGGCUUAACAAAGCCACUAACCCUUCCAACAGACAGGAGGACUGGGAAUAUAUAAUGGGAUUCUGUGACCAAAUCAAUAAGGAGCUAGAAGGCCCUCAAAUAUCCGUUAGACUGUUGGCUCACAAGAUUCAGUCUCCUCAGGAAUGGGAGGCAAUACAAGCAUUAACGGUUCUUGAGGCUUGUAUGAAGAACUGUGGGCGAAGGUUUCACAAUGAAGUUGGGAAAUUUAGGUUUUUAAAUGAAUUAAUUAAGGUAGUAUCACCCAAAUACCUAGGAGACAAAGUAUCAGAAAAAGUGAAGUCGAAAGUGAUCGAGAUGCUGUACAGUUGGACUGUGUCUCUACCAGAUGAAGCAAAGAUCUGUGAAGCAUAUCAGAUGUUGAAGUCUCAGGGUAUUGUUUUAGUUGACCCAGAAAUCCCCCUCGAUGCAACAUUAUUACCUUCACCUUCUCCGAGACCCAAGAAUCCUGUGUUUGAUGAUGAGAAGAAGAGUAAGAAAUUAUCAGAGCUGCUCAAGAGCAAAAAGCCCGAAGAUCUGCAAGAGGCCAAUCGUCUCAUCAAGAACAUGGUGAAAGAGGAUGAAGUGAGAACACAGAAAGUGACAAAGCAAAAAAACACACUGGAGGCAGUAAAAAACAGUGUCAAACUCCUUAACGAGAUGCUUGCUCACUUCACCUCAGAAGACUCCACGGACGGAGACAAGGAGCUCAUUAGGGAGUUGUAUGGUGAUUGUGACAAGCUUAGGCAAACAGUGUUUCAGCUCGCUACUGAGACUGAGGACAAUGACAGCAACUUGGGAGACAUCCUGCAGGCCAGUGAUGACCUUUCCCAAGUUAUUAAUUCCUAUAAGAAGAUUGUGGAAGGACAGACCAUUAAUGGAGAGACUGAAGAAGCACAAACACAAACAUCAGUCAAACAAGGUAUGAGCCGCACAAAUCAGUCAGAGAUUCUGAUUGACCUGGUGGGUCUGGAUGUCCAGACCCCCUCUCCACCAGAGCAACAACCCCCUGCAUCUUCUCUGUGUUUUCCUGAUGACCUUCUGUGUGGGUCUACUACCGUUGACCCACAACCCCCGAGCCUCAGUGCACCCUCUGCAGCUCUCUCUCUGCUGGAUGAAGAGCUACUAUCCUUAGGCCUCAAUGAACCUGUUCCUGUUGAUUCCAGUCAGCGUUUGCAUCUUUUCGACACUAAUUCGCCUUCGGGUCCUUUAUUUUCUACGCCUUCACUUUUUCCAGAUGCCCUGUCUACAACAAUAGCCCCAGUUAGCACUACCAAGUCUUCUACAACUGCCUCUGCCUUGGGUUUCCCUGGCCCUGUCUUGUUCACACCUCCCGUUUUUACACAAUCUAUCUCAACGACCUCAGUCACAUUCUCACAGCCCCUCAGUUCAGUAUUAACAACUGUGGCCCCGACUGCUCUUCCUCAGUCAUUCAGCAUGGCCUUGUCUGCUCCGUCAGCUACCCAUGUCACUCCACAACAAGUCUCCACUUCACCUGAAGCUUCCCACUCAGCUCCUCUUAAUGACAAUCUGCAAGACCUUGCCUUGCUGGAUCUUGGGAGUCCUAAAAGAACACCCGCUGUGAUGGACUUUGGCAGCUUGCUGGUAAAGAAUGAGGAUUUGUGCGCUCCUGCUACCCUGUCUUCCAAUCUUGGUUUCUCCUCCACCACAUCCACAUCAAUGCUUGUCGGAGGGAUGCAAGGAAGUUCCACUCCCUCACCAGCCAAGAGGCAGGCAGAUGACAGCCCUCUGUUACGCUCCCUGUCCCCCAUCCUCCCUCUGAGCCAGGCCAGUGCAGGCAUGGGGCAGGAAGUGUCCCUGACCAAUGUCUUUGUCCCAUUGGAUGUCAUCAAGCCAAGUAAAGUGUGUCCUGUUACAGCAUAUGAUAAAAAUGGUGUCCGUGUUCUGCUGCAUUUUGCCACGGAGUGUCCUGCAGGCCGGCCUGAUGUACUGGUGAUAGUGGCGUCCAUGCUAAACACAGCCCCACAACCUGUCAGGAGCAUUGUUCUGCAGGCAGCCGUACCCAAGACGAUGAAAGUAAGACUGCAGCCACCCUCGGGGACAGAGCUGGCUCCUUUUAAUCCAAUCCUUCCCCCUGCUGCCAUCACUCAGGUCAUGUUGCUUGCCAAUCCUCUUAAGGAGAAGGUUCGGAUGAGAUACAAACUGACAUUCACAUUGGGAGAGCAGCCACUCAUAGAGGUGGGGGAGGUGAAUGAGUUCCCGCCUGCUGACAGAUGGGGUGCUCUAUAGCCCUGCCGACCCAUUUAGGAUGGCCAGACACUACAAGACUUCCUUAAUAAUUUAGUUUGUCAGUGCAGCUCAGAAGUGAAAGGAAAGGGCAGUAUUAGAAGGUUUUUGGGGAAUAUUUGAAGAAUAUAAAAUAAACUUUAAUGGAGCUUGAAGUUAGAGUUUUUCUGCUCAAGAUUUUCCCACUGAAGUAGCCAAAGUCUUGUAGCGUACACCCAACUUAAACUUUACUAUAAUGCCAGAGGUAGUCAGUGUGGUGCAAUAACAAAUGGUGUGAACUGGCUGAACGUGGAUGAUGACUAUGUGGGAAAGUAUUGCUAAGUUAUUAUUAAGUUCUUACUGUUAUUAUAACCUGUUGGUCUCAUUUUAAAGUUGAUGUUUACUCCUGUCCCACAGUCAUAUCAGAACUGAUUACAGGAUACUUGCACUUUGGGAUACCAGACAGUCUUAAUAUGAAGUAAAAAUACAUGUUGAAUGAGAUUGUGACAUCAGUGUCACAUUCACUGCUUCCAAUAUGGCCCACAGUUACUACUGAUUACUUUGACUUGUCUCCUGAGUUCAGACUCAUAUUAUGGUUUUUAGUCUUUCACUAUUUAUUGUUUCAAAUGUAUUAUUUAUUUUUGGUUAGGGGAGGGAGGUAUCAGAUCUUUUAACUUGAUAUUGCAACUGACAACUGUAUUCCUUCUGCAUACUCUUCUUAUGAUGGAGACUUUCAGUAUUUCAGUAAGAAAGGCACAAAUCCUUAGUGGUAAUGUUUCAAAAUAUUCACACAGAUAUUUUAUAAAAUGUUACAUUAUGUAACAGUGGGGUGAACUCUGGAUAAUAUUUUAAUAUAAAAAUGUAAUACCUGCUAGAUGAAACAGCGGCCUUGUGCCAGACAUUAGCCCCUUUUUCUUGGCAGGUACAGCAUGAGCUAGUUAGGGCAAGGAUGAACUUUAUACAUUAAGUGGAUGUGCUGAAGGAAGUGCAGGCCAGCUGAUAAUUAAGCCCUGGACACAGAAAGGUGUCCAGUUAAUUAAAUGCCAUGUAUAGCUCUGCCCUUGCUCCUGCUGUUAGUCCAUGUUGUGGAAAUAGAGCUAAAGGGGUGGGUUAUUUUUCCAGGGUCAAUUGUAAAUGUUAAGCUUAUGUGGGAGUUUCCUAUAUCAAACUAGGAAAGUAAGCCUUGAGAAAAUAUAUUGAUAAUAAAAACUUGGUGGUGGUUAAUUGAAAGAAUUAGGUUAACCAUGUGUUCAUCUAAAACUGUGUCUUUAUUUUUUUUCUCUCUGGGGCUAUUAGUGCUAUAGAGGAGAUUCUCUACUUAUUUCUUAUAAAAUUAUUUAUUUGUCAUAGAUUGUUAAAGGAACUUGUCAUUACAUAUUUUUUGAAAAGCAAUUUCUGUGCAUGGAAAAAUAAAGAAUGA